GGCUGCUCCUCCAAGCAGUACCUGUGUGUCCCCUGCCGUCCCUGCGUCGGGCACCUCAGUGGGCACUGAAGCAUAGAGCAGGGAGCAUCUGCUGUUGUGUUUCCCUGCUGAAUGUGCUGUGGUGUGGUUUGUUUUUUGGAUAUAUAUGUUGGUUUUCUUUGUAAGGCCUUCUCUGCUGUGUAUCUAAGGCCACAAGGUAGAUUCAUGAUGAUUCAGGACCACUGCUGGCUCCACACAGGAUCACCCCAAAAUCAGACUGGUCUGCAUGGUGUCCUGGUACUCCCUGAGCUCCAGCAGCUCAGGCUGUGCCCACUGACCUGGCUGCCUCUUCCUCUGGGGCAGAACCUUUCUCUGAUAUCCAGUCUGAACCUUCUCUGAGAUAAAAAAAAUCCCUGUUUAUUUAAGCCAAAACUUGCAAAGAGAUUAUGUCAUAGAGAUCUGGAGUGAUCCUCCAUGCUGGGGUCUCUGUGCUCAGACUUAUUCUUCAUUUGACACAAAUAAACUUCUGGUUGGGGCCCCAUCUCUUCCAAGCUCUUCCUGACUUGCCAGGCUCAAAAUGAGGCACCUGAUGUUUUUCCCAUAUUGCAAAUUUUCACUUCACUGUGGAGUUUUCAGAAUGACUCUAGAAAUUAUAAGAGCCAAACAAAGUAUUUAUUUCAGCUUUUCUGUGCUAUGCAGUGUUAGCAUUUAUCUGGUGUAUUUUUUCUUAUUAUCUUUUUUAACCCUCUGUAGUAUUAAUAAUGAUAUAAUUUAUACUAAACUCCAUUCUUUGGACCCAGAGGCACAAUUCUUCCACUUUGUGUCCAAACCAACAUUGCUCCCUAAUCAGCCUUGUUCAGCUCCUCCUUUCUUCUAUUCUACCCAGUCACAAGUCAUCACAAUGCCAGCGCUGCCACUGGAUGAACUCCAGCUCACAGAAAAGGAUCCCAAGACAGGGAAGCUGAGAACUUUACCGGCACUGUGUUUUGGCUUCCUGCAGCACCCAGAAAUAAAAGCAGAUCGGUCUUUUGUGCUAUACAGACCGCCACCUGUUGUCAGAGACCCUGCCUUAGUGGAAGAAUUCUUGGAGCGAGCAAAAUUCAUUGCAGAUGAUCUGGACUGGCUGCUGGCUUUGCCUCAUGAUAAGUUUUGGUGCCAGGUGGUAUUUGAUGAGACGCUUCAGAAAUGCCUGGAUUCCUACCUGAGCUGUGCACCUCGCAAGUUUGAUGUGUUGCUGGAUUGCCAUCCAGAGGUGAAUGACAUGCAGAAGCGUCUUCAUCGCAGCGUCUUUCUGACUUUCCUGAGGAUGUCCACUCACAAGGAGUCCAAGGAUCACUUUAUCACCCCCUCUGUCUUUGGAGAAAUUAUUUACAACAAUUUCCUGUUCGACAUCCCUAAGAUAAUGGAUCUCUGUGUGCUGUUUGGAAAGGGAAAUGGUCCCCUGCUCCAGAAGAUGAUUGAAAAUAUCUUCACUCAGCAGCCAAGUUACUUUGGUGACCUGGACGAAACUCUGCCCACUGUCCUCCAGGUGUUCAGCAAUAUUUUGCAGAAGUGUGGCCUGCAGUGUGAAGGAGCCUCUGCUGAGCCCCAGAAAUUGGAAGAAAGAGUGAAUGUGACCCCAGGGAACAUGCCCGUCCAGGAGCUGAAGGAUAUUGUGCUGUACCUGUGUGACACUUGCACAACACUCUGGGCAUUUCUUGAUGUCUUCCCAUUGGCUUGCCAGACCUUUCAAAAACACGAGUUUUGCUACAGGUUAGCAUCAUUCUAUGAACUGGCAAUUCCUGAGCUGGAGUCUGCAAUUAAGAAGAGGCAUUAUGAAGAUAACAGUGUUUAUGCUGAUUUGUGGAGGAGAAUUUCACAUUCCAGGAAAAAGGUGAUGGAAGCCUUUCACAUCCUCAUAAAUCAAGUGUGUCUGCAGCCCAUCUUAGAGAGCAGCUGUGAGAAUAUUCAGCCUUACAUUGAAGAGUUCCUACAGAUCUUUACAUCGGUACUUCAGGAAAGAAGAUUUCUCCGUGACUAUGAUGAGCUGUUUCCAGUUGAAGAUGAUGUCAGUCUGCUCCAGCAGGCUUCCUCCACGCUAGAUGAGACCAGGACAGCAUAUAUCCUCCAGGCAGUGGAAAGUGCAUGGGAAGGUGUAGACAGGAAAAAAGCACAAGUCGUUCAAGAUCCAGCAUCACCAGCAGCGUGUAAUGGAGCAUCAGCAAUGGUGGAAAGUUCCACUGAGGAAAGAGAAGAGCUCAGGGCUGCGUAUGCAUUGGAAGAUGAGUGUGCUGGUGCAGCUGCUGCACCUGCUCCCAAGGUGUCAGGGGUGGAGCUGGACUCUCUGAUCUCUCAAGUGAAAGACCUGCUGCCAGACCUUGGGGAGGGCUUCAUCCUGGCCUGCCUGGAAGAGUACAGUUACAAUGCAGAGCAAGUGAUCAACAACAUCCUUGAAGAUAAGCUGGUGCCAUUCUUGGCUAAACUGGACCGAACCAUGCAAAGACAGCCGAAGCCAGACCCUACACCUUUGGUCACUGCUCGCUGCAAUGUUUUCCAGAAUGAUGAGUUUGAUGUGUUCAGCAGGGAUUCAGUGGAUGUUUCUCGGAUACAGAAAGGCAAGCGGAGGGAGAAGGACACAACCAGGAGUCUGCUGAAUGACAAGCGCCUGGUGGCUGAGCAGAGGGAACGCUACAGCCAGUACAGUGUGGUUGUGGAGGAGCUGCCCGUGCAGCCAGGAGAAGCUCAGCUCUAUGGGGAGGACUAUGAGGAUGAGUACGAUGACACCUAUGAUGGAAACCAAGUAGGGGCAAAUGAUGCUGACUCGGACGACGAGCUGAUUAGUAGAAGGCCGUUCACAACUCCUCAAGUUCUGAGACUCAAAGGGCAGGAGGAAGGGCAGGAGGAGGAGGAAGAGGAAGAAGAAGAAGAGGAGGAGGUUGAAAAGGAAAGACCGAAGGACCACUUCGUGCAGGACCCAGCUGUGCUGCGGGAGAGAGCUGAAGCCAGGCGGAUGGCUUUCCUUGCCAGGAAGGGGCACAAGCACGACAGCUCUGCUGUUGUUGGGAACACAAAGGGACACGGGCAGAACCGAGAAACAGUGCAGGAACGAAGGAAGAAGGAAGCAAACAAAAGCACAAGAGCGAAUCAUAACCGGCGAGUCAUGGCUGACAGAAAGCGGAAUAAAGGCAUGAUUCCUUCCUGAAAGCCUUCCCAGGUGCUGCAUCAGCCCCAGUCCUCUGCUUGGAGGCAGCUGUGCUCCAUUCCCUUGGCCCUCCCUUAGCUCAGGGAGGCUGGGUGCCACAUCCAGUACCUGGCCCUUCAGCUCCAUGUCAACUGCACAUCCCAUGGGAGGGCUGCCGCUUCCUGGAGAGGAGCUGCCCUCCAUGCACACCGUGGCUGUUCCUCAGCCUGCAGAGAGAGAGAUGUGUGUACAACAGAGAGCUGCACCCCAGGUGCAUUGCACAAGCUGCACCCACCAUUCACUUCUUUUUUGUACUAUUUAUAACGCGGAGAGUUUUAUUUUCAUACUGGCUCCUCCUGCCCUCACUGCAGCCCACGGGAGCUUCCAGGCCUUGCAAGGCUUCCUUGGGGCAGCCCUUCCAGCUGCCUGCUCUGCUGUGACGCCUUAUCCUGCGGUGAGACUCAAAAGCUGACAGCAAAACUCUUGGGCUGAGCAUUGCUCAACACACACACAGGAGUUGAGGUCAGUGAGUCUGUAUCGUAACUUUCUGUCCCUCAAGCAAGGCGUGUGGAAAAUUGAAUGUGCCAAUAAAUGAUCUAAGUCUUGUAGUUGGUGUUUUAGGCUCUAAAGAACUACACUGAUCCUGAAGUUGGAGGAGUCUCAGCAAUGUGCUGCGUCUGCAGGCAGUGAAAUUUGUUUGCUGCUCUGUGUUGGUUUAGUGAAAUGAGAUCUAGCCACUGAGAGUCGAGAUAAUUGAAAAUCAGGCUCGUGGUAUCCAAUGCAAGCUGACAGUAACAUGGAAAUCGGAGAUAGCAGGGUCAGAGUCCCUGGGGAGCCACCUCCUCACUAACUGCUUGUCACACUCGGUGAAGCAGAACUGCCCUGAUCUUCAUGUUUGCUGUUUGGAUGCCUGGGAGCUAUUAGUAAACAACAGGUUCCUAGUUGCUGAACGGGCUUUUUCCCUGAGGGCCGUCUUUUGUGAUGGAGCUGCUCUCUGCAUGGAGAGAUGUGUGAGUCCUGGAGUUUGCUUUAUGACCUGUCUGUAGGUGGGCUGCUGCGCUGUGCCCAGACCUGGACUGCCUGCCCACCAGUCGCUGUUGUCACAGGGUAUUUGCAUGGUUUUGGAGUGCUCUUUUCUCUUGUGGAGACAAACUUCCGUGUCGGUCAUAAUUAGGCUUUGCUUGGUUAGUCUAUUCCAAACGCCUCCACGUUCUGUGCAUUUUGAAGUACACACGUAUAGAAUAGAGCAGACAAAGCUGCCUGUGCUGGAUAAAUGAGCCUGGGGCCAUGCAGUGUUAUACCCACUGCUCCAGGGUACCUCCGCUGCUGCCCUCCCCCUCCAGCACUGCAGCGCACGCUGUAGGCACUGAGGUUGCUGCCUGGUUUUACGCAGAGGGCGGGGACUGUGGGGCUGUAGGAUCACUGCUGCUACCAACACCUCUGUGCCAGGCUGCCCUCCUGAGCACAGAAAUGUCUGAGCGCACAUCGUCCCAAACCUCAUAAUGACAAGGUGUAGGAGAGAGGGAAUUGGGUCUACCAGCUUCCCAAAAAUCCGGAGUCGAGGAAAAUUACCCCCUGGGAGAACUCUGGUGUUUUAUAGCUCCUGUUCUCUGGCUUGAGAGCUUCAUUUACUCUCUGCCAGACUGCUACAAUACCAUCUCCCCUUUCCUAAUACUGUAUUCAUCUUCAGUUCUUGCUUCUAAGAAGCUGCAAAUCUCCAUCACCUGCUCAGCAUAGUGUGAAGCUAUCAGCACUGCGGCCAGAACUUGGAGUAAAGCAGCACUUCUACGGUAGGAGAUAAUCCCAGGAAAGCUUCAAGCUCCUCUUAAGCAUCUCUAUAAAAGCACAGCUGGGGCUGUGAAAAGUCCUCGUUGUUUUUCUGCUCAAAAACAAGCACAAUGUUUUUAAGUCCCUUUAAUGUUCUUACAGUAAACGUUUUUACUCCUGUCUGGCACAUAUUUACAAACCCAAUAAAGCUGCUUUCAUUAGUGCUGGCUGUAA